UAGAGCGAUACCCAGAGGAUUGCUAGGUAAAUGAUACACAGGAACGAUGUUCAAGUGCUGCGUGUGUAAUAGCGCGUCGAAGAAGGCGAACGCCGAGACGAGAUCGAAAGCGGACGACACGCCGAUCGGCUCGCCCAGACUGACCGCGCUUCCUAUCAAGGUGGACGAUGAAAUUAAAUCUCCGACGAAAAAAACGGAGAAGCUCAAUGGCAACGUGCAAAUAGCGGAGAAGACGCCUCCGCCCGUCUUAGACUCAAUCCCAAUUUGCGAUGACUCCGCGAUGAUGAAUUCACGCGAGUCACCGCAGAAUGCCGAUGUUGAAGAAAAAUCAAGUUUGGUCUCGAUGAGAGAAGCGACGGUGGAGACUGCGGAGGAGAUCGCUGAGGAAACCGCGAAGGAAACCGCGGAGGAGAUUCCAGUGGAGCGGACUGCGGAGGAGACCGCGGUCGAGGAGACUGUCGAGGAACCCGCGGAGGAGGUGACCGCGGAAGAGAACAAUCUGAUUAUUGUCGAUGAAGACAAUAGCAAGGUCGACAAUAGCGUCGCCGCAGAUCAGAUGGAGGACAUCGAGUCCGUUAGCGUUGCCAGUGUUGUUAGUGUUGUCAAAAUGAAUCUUUAUGACGCGUCGGGAUAUAUAGAAAGGACGAUCGAUGACGGGCCGGAGGACGAAGGCGACGAUUCCGUCUUCGAAGGCUGUCCGAGCGACAAUGAAAUAGCCAAAAAAGUACCACCAGUUUCCUCGAUUCCACGUUGGUUGUCGGAAGAGGACGACGGCGAAUACGUCUCGGGUGGAUGCAGCGGUAUGCAGGAACCGCCGGCGACGCCCGUCGCCCGCGACGAGUUAGCUUUAAGGCGGCACAGAUUCUUCUCCGAUUUGUUGCAAGCUGCGCAGAAUUCGACGGAGCACCGAGUGAGAUUCGACCCGCUAGGACCGAUGGUGCACACCGGUUGUGAAGCUGUAGACAAGGAAGAACAUCUAGAAGAGUUAGUGAACCGGUUGGAAAACGUAACGAAACGACUUGAAAACGUACACUUUGCAGUUCCGACCCAAGACAUAGCUGUACAAACGAGUACACCUUCCCCGAAAAGAUCUACGUCGGUAGGAAGUACUUCAUCUUCAACAUCAAAUCUUCAUUCGAAGCAAGAAACUGUUUCCGAACUAUCUACGACUAUGUCGAUACCCGGAUAUGAAGGUCUUUUAACUGGGCCAGUUAAAGAAUAUUUAGAAUUAAGCCAAAAAAUCGGCGGUGAUGUAGCUGCUCAUAGCAAGCUUGUAGAGAAAGCUUUCCAGAUCCAGCUUCAGUAUGUACAAAUGGCGGCGAGCCGUGCAGCACCGACGAAUCAGUCGGAACAAGUAUCCUUACUUGCGCCUAUGUCUGCUCAGAUACAACAGAUUCAAGAUUUUCGCGAGAAAAAUCGUGGAUCUCCAUUCUUUAAUCACUUAUCAGCUAUUAGUGAAAGUAUUCCAGCAUUGGGAUGGGUCGCUGUAUCUCCUACGCCAGCGCCAUACGUAAAGGAAAUGAAUGAUGCUGGUCAAUUUUAUACUAAUCGUGUAUUGAAAGAUUGGAAAGAAAAAGACAAGAUACAUAUAGACUGGUGUAAAGCAUGGGUGCAAACUUUGACUGAUUUGCAACAGUACGUUCGCCAACAUCAUACAACAGGUUUAGUAUGGGGAAAAUCCGCUGCACCUAUGGGUAUACCACCUCCUCCACCACCUUCGAUGCCAAUUGGAGAUAUUGGGCCGAUGACGGUGAACGAUGACAGAAGUGCCCUUUUCGCUCAAAUUAAUCAAGGAGAAGAUAUCACGAAAAGUUUAAAAAAAGUCACCUCAGAUAUGCAGACACAUAAAAAUCCUGCUUUGAGAUCCGGACCUGCACCAUUCAAAGCACCAACGGUCAACGCGGCACCAAUGAAAAGUGUGUUGCCGGCUAACGCGCCUAUUGAUAAGCCACCAGUAUUUACUAAAGAUGGCAAAAAAUGGCUUGUGGAAUAUCAUAAGGGUGAGAAUUUAGUAAUCGAUAAUGUAGAGAUGAAUAAUGUGAUUUAUAUGUUUCGAUGCCAAGAUAGUACGCUUACUAUCAAAGGCAAGGUAAAUUCUAUCGUUAUGGAUUCCUGCCGUAAAUCGUCCGUCGUAUUCGAUUCCGUGGUAUCCAGUAUCGAAUUCGUUAAUUGUCAAAGCGUACAAAUGCAGGUUCUUGGGAAAGUACCUACAAUUUCCAUUGAUAAAACAGAUGGUUGUCAAAUGUAUUUAAAUACGGAAUCCUUGGGUGUUGAACUCAUUACCAGCAAAUCUAGUGAAAUGAAUGUCAUGGUGCCCAAACCCAAUGGAGAUUAUAGUGAAUAUCCAGUACCGGAGCAAUUCAAGACUACUAUUAGCCCGAACGGUCUUAGUACUACGGCUGUCGAUUCACUUGGUUAAAAGCACAAGGAAUUUAUUGAUAUGCAUAGCCUACGCAUCUUCUUAACAAUAUAAUUAAAGUGAACGUAUAAUAAAUUGUACACAUUAAUGAGAUGCAUUCGGUGAUUAGCGAUAAAAAUAUAUUUAUUAAAAUUGUUUACGAAAUUUUAUGCUGUUGGAUCCUUGAAUUAUCAAAUUGUCAAGCUAAUUUGAAUUAUAUCGAAUCACUGGAUAUCUUGGUAAUCAAGAUAAUCAUCUGCAAAAUACUGAACUCCUUUAAUGGUUGUAACAUAUCUAGUGGAGUUUAUGGAUUAUUAUAAAGUUUCUUUUUUUCUGGAUAGGUAUUUGUAUAUUUUAAGCUCGAAAGUAAGAAGACAUAAUGAUGAUGUUAAACAUAGUAUGGACAAAAGUUUUAUCAUCUUCGAAUCGCUCUUUUAUACCUUUACACCAUUUUCUAUCGUACAAGAAGUUUUGCUCAAACCUGUCGCUGCACAGAGUUUUACUGGUACACUGGAUGGAAUGAACAUUAUACAAGUAGUACAGCUAACAGGAAUCAGAUACUAGGCCUCUGAGCAUUACUCCUAAAUGGUGUCGGAUGCCAUCAUCAAUAGUUCGAUAUGCUUUGCCUCCAAACUUUUGCUCUGUCGAGUUCAGUACUAUACGAUAUUUACAAAUGGAAUAUCAAUAAUUGAGGACUGGAAUAGGAUUCUGACAGUAUGUUAACGAGAAUAUACCAAUACUAGUAUUACUUAAGUAUCAUUACUUAAGUGAAGGAUUAAAUUAUGACAUUUGUAACAAAUAACAGCGAAAAUAUUCAUAAGGAAUUCAUAAGGAAUUGUUCGUUUGUCCAUAUCGCACAAUUUGUAAUAAAUGUAUGAUUAUUUUAUCGAAACUAUUUUUAAUCUAAUAACAGUAUUGUGAAAUUACUUACGAAAGUUUUUGUUUAAACGCCAGUUUACGUACGAUAUAUUUACUAUUUUUUGUGGAUAUAAUUUUUGGUGAUGAGUCUGACUAAUAUAACUCUAAUAAAGUUAUAUACUAUUCAUUG